CCCAAAACGAGGACGGGAAGCUUCACGAUAUUGGGUAUCAAUCAAUGCACACAAAACGCCAACAACCAAAGCAAAACACAACAACAAGACUACCAACAACAUAUUAUCUACACCAGAAGCCAAGACAAUGGUAUCGGAACUCAGUGCCAGACUCCUAAAGGGGUACAAUAUUACUUACACUACCGCCUCGGCAAGAACGGGAAAGCGGACAUCAGAUAUCAGUAGCAGCAAUUCUUCAUCAAGCGGUGGAAGCUCCAUUGGAGAGCAAGAAAGUCGAAAAACAGUGGAGAGUACACGAAUAGGACUCCCUGCUCGGAGCACCACUUCCUCUUCUUCCCCCAGUCACGAAAGCAACGAUGAAACGGAACGCCUGAGCAACCGGGAUGCCUGCUUCAAGCGACGCAAGAUUGAUGAGCUUCGAUUUGCUGCUAGCAAGGUGAAGGGUGACCUGGAAAAGGGAGGGCUUCCUUUCCCCUCUAUCCACGCCAAAAAGCCCCGUGCAUUGGAAGGUUACGACAUUGACAUGAGCAACGUUCAGCUCUUGAAUUCCAAGUCCGUCGAAGCAUCUCCCUUUCUCACCAAGAUUACAAUGAAACGACCCUACCAAUCUCUUUGUGACAUUGAACAGCUCUUUGCUGAGACACAAAAGGUAUACUCCAAGCGAUGGAUUCAGGGAGACGUAUCAGACUGGGGUGACAAGAGCAGUGCCGGUUCCCUAACCUCUGACAGCGAAUCCAGUUGCGUGGUGGAUAUCCCUCCUCUCCUGGAAGAUGCUCUCAAAUACAAGUCUACCGAGCACGACAGUCGCAAGGCGGCUGCCGUUACACUCGAGACCAUUGCAAUGGGGAAUGCCUUGGAAAACAGCAGUGAGCCAAGACUGGUGACACUGUCCUUUGCUCCCUUUAUCAUCAUCCAUGUCAAUGCCGCCUAUUCUCGCAUGACAGGUCUGGCGGCCAAGGACGUGCUGGGAAAGGCAUUUCGUGAUGUUUUCAAGGACAAGCGAUGCAAAGCCAUGGCAGCCCAUGUCUCCUCCUUGGCUUCCAUGCAUGGUCAGCUCACCAGCAUUUCCACGAUCCGACAAGACAAGCGAUGUCAUUGCAGCCUCAAGGUCUCCCAUGUGGGCGAUCCAAAUGACAAGACGCCGGCUACACAUUGCAUGAUUGCCUUGCAGCCUACCAACAAUCAGGAAAUGCCCAACUUUGCUGCCUCUCAACCCAUCGUGACAUCAGUUCCCAAGAACUCUCUACCCUCCAUGGUCAUGGGAUAAAGAGAGAGACAACAGCGAGAUGUACACAAACAAACACGAACUGCUCUUGUAUUUACAAAAAGAAACCAGAUCGACCAAUGCACAAACGAAACAACUUCUAAAUGGACUUCUUUGUACAGAAAAGAAAAAGAACCAAAGCAACCUCCUCAAGCAACAACCAUGUUAUUAACCCUGCCUGAAGGAACGACAAACUGUGGAUGGCUAUGUAUACAUCCUGCCAUUCACAUGAUCACUGCUACUUCUUCCAUACUAGUAAAUUGGCAAUACAUUAUUUCAAUAGAUCAAUCUGUUUACCCUUCU